AUGAAUAUUAUAUACGACAGCGACCUUCAAUUUAUCCAAGGAAAAGACUGUAAUUUUUGUGAAAUGGUUCUUAAUAAAGAGAACUUGUAUUAUAUCAUUAUCACAGCAAACGAUUGUGUUGUGUGUGGUUUUGUGAAGCCGAUAAUAUCCGAAAAAGAAGAAAAUUAUGUAUUGGGUUCAGACAUAUUUUUAGCAUCACUUGUAAAUUCCAAUGGAGUGAUAACCGCAAAACAAUACAUUGGAAAAAAUGAUGCGUUUUUUAAACUUGGAAAUAAUUUGGACUGUAAUGUUUUCCACUUUGGGCAAUUUGAUAUGACUCUAAUCAGAGAAACCGAUUUAAAACAACCAAAGUUUGGUGCUUAUACAUGUGAAACUCGCUAUUUUAACUUUGGUAAAGAUACAACAGGAUUAAACGAAAACAAAGAGUUGAGGGCUAAAAGACUUAUGGUUGUUCAGAUGAGUUGA